UAGUAUGAGUCUGUGGGCAAUGCAGCAGCGUUAUCCAUGUAUAGGUGUAUAUGGUAUUUAGUCCAGUCUCAAUCGACUGGCAGCGUGGGAAUUGGAUAAGAUAAUCUUUUAAUCUUGAUGGUUGUUCGCCAUGAUUUGGUUAUAGGUUGUACAGCAAUGGAAUAAGGAUGGGAUCAGAUUAUCCACCAAGAGACUUCGUUUGUGAAGGUUCCUGGCAGUAAACGGUCGGUCCUUCAAGAUGGCGUUAACAACCUCUCAUUCUGCUGUGUUCACCAUGCUUUCAUGCGUUCUUUCUCUGGCAAGUUUUGCUUCCGGUCAGAUAUGCACAGGAGAUGAACUCACCCUACAGCUCAGCUCAGAAAACAUAUGCGAAGGCGGAAAUUUUACCAUUCAAUGCGAAGGAAAGACCGGCGAUGUCGAAGUUUACAGGAAUGGAGAAGCGCUCUACAACGGAACAACCCUGGCUCCAGAACUUCAAACGCGAGAGGUGUCCGUCACACGCUCAUCCCAGAACAGUACUUGCCAAUCUGUGAUUUUAUCCUUCGAAGCAGCCGCCAUUGAGGAUACGGGAAACUAUUCAUGUCGGACGAACGCGACAGAAUCGAGAGUCCGGAGACUUAUUGUUGACUCUCGGGUUUCUCAACAUGAUUGUCAGAUCAGCGCAGCCACCGGUCCUGUUGUAGAGAAAGGUGAGAACAUAUCUUGCAGAAGUUCUUCUGGACAGCCGUCUUGGGUGAAUGACGACCCUGCAACGAUCACAGUCAACACCGGAAGUGAUUCAGUCAUCGCUCUCGCAUUUCAUUCGGUGAGCUCAAUUCUGUUGACGACGCUUCAAUGCACCGUCGUUUCUUCGUCAAGUUCAUGUCCAUCCGUGUCGACGUCGUGUUUCGACCGUGUUCUCGUCGUACCAAAUCCCGUUGAUAGCUACCUAUCCUUGACACCUUUACUAGAAACGAUAAAUCUUGGUGGUUCCGCGACUUACUCCUGUACUACAACUCUGAGCGGAGCCAGACUGGCGGUAGCUCCAACCGCAUCAGCAGAGGCGAUCCAACAUACCCUCUUGCGCUUUAGUGAUACCUACAUCAAAAUCGUGUUCUCAAAUAUAACAAUGAAUUACACAGAACCUAUAGUACAGUGCAUGUUGCAGUACAAUGAAAGGCUAGUAACCAGUAUUUAUGCAUCGGUGAUUGUGGUGGAAGUAGAUGAGGCAACCACAACGGAACUUCCAGCAACAUCAAGUCAUGUUUCAACAGUAGCGAUAAUAAACAACACAGAAUCUUCUGUGACAGAAUCCUCUGUGACACCGAUGGUGUAUCAAAGUACAACUGGAUAUCCAGCAACAACAGGUAAUUCCUUUAGAAGCCCAACAAUGACCACCUCAAUGGUCAAUGUCAGAACUUUCAGAAUCAUAGACACACGAUACCUCAUCAUCGGUUUGGUGAUCGGAUUGCUUUUAUUCAUCGCCAUCGUCGUCCUAUGCGCUCUGAUGUUCAGGAAGCACGCGAGGAGGAGGAAAGGUGACUGGACGAUAUCGUCGGCGUCAUCGAGGCGUGGUCAGGCAGAAGUCGCGUCGAGUGGCAUCGAAGGCAGGCUCGAAUGGGAAACCGACGUCAACCCCUUAGUCGUGUUUGAGACCACCGCCAUCGAUCCUGUGGUCAGCGAUGACGACAACGGCUCCCUGACUCGAGAAGAUAUCGAGGACUCCCGAAUUCGUAGGAGUAAUGGGUACUCGAAACAUGUUAACGAGGAGACGCCACAUGUUUUGAGAUUCGAUGCAGUGAUCGAAAACCACGCCGGAACCGGAGAAUCGUCACCCCCAGUCUCACGCGAAAACGGGUACGUCAUCAACGAAGGAUUUUCUCCUGAUGAUCAAGCUAUUAUCCUUCAUAAUGAAAACAUUCCGAAUGAGGUUCCUAUCAAACCGCAUCACGACCGAACUACCCAACAGACUAUCCCGAAUGGUCAUGUUAUCUUUGAACAAAGCGACGUUGAUGAACCGGUGAAUGCUGAUCCUGACAAGGAGAUGGAUGUCGCCUCGCUUAAUUUCAUCGAUGCAACGAGACCGGACGCGAGUGAGUCCGACAAGGACUGGGACUCCGGAUUCAGUUUAGGUCACGACUCUAUCCUCUCGGAAAUCGACGAUGACGCCAUUAAUAUCAUAUCAGUCUGAUUGCCACCCCCCCCCCCCCCACUCUCCCCAAGGAUAGAUUACGGGGCAAAGUUGGGUCCAUGGGGAGGACGUGCGGUCUACACUACCAGUGAAGAUGAAGUGAUCAAAUUGGCAUAACUGCACAAAACACGGCGUCUACAUGUACUUUGUUAUAGAAACUGUAUAAGGAAGCUAUUUUUCUACAACCUAAUUGAUAUUCAUCUUAAUAAAGAUAAUAAUGCAGUAUUAUGGGCAUAUAUUUAUAUGAAAUACAUCCGGUACUGGAACAGAAAAUUGGUCUUCCAAACUUGGUCAUAUUCUGCUUAAUUCACCACUAUCCGUUGGCCUAUUGGGUUGGUCAAAUUCCUUCAGCAUUAUCAUCUUAUAGUCAAUUAAGGGUUUUAGAUUGAAUUCUCAUAACUGUUCUUUUUUGGAGGGGAAGGGGAGGGGGGGUUACCACCUGAUACGUAGUCUGCUGUGCAAACCCUUCACUCGAGUUAAGGGUCUGAAUUG